CUCUAUAAUGGCGACCUCUGACUUGCUCUUUCUUCUUCUGUUCGCUGCUCUGACCCUGGAUCUGCGUACCGCAGGGUCGUCGUGUCCAGCUCACUCGGAAGACGGUGGCCGCGGAGGGAUAAACGUCCGCCCGGACGGCGAGCCAGCGAGCGAGUUUCCCUGCACCGAGGCAACGUGGAACCGGGAAGAGUUGCGAGAAGAAAUAAGGUACAUCCUCAAAACCAAGGAAAAGAAGUUUAUACGGUUCAGAGCUCCGGUGAACAACUACGCGCAUCCACGACUCGACUUCGCAACCAACAACGCACGCAAGAGGAACGGAACCGAGCUCAUUACGUGGAUUUGGGUUGCUGGUAAGUUCGGCUAUCUGCUCUACUACCCGCAGAAUUUCCAGACGCUUUCCCUGGGCACUACUGACGUCGUAGCCGAAAACAUGGAGGAGGACGAGAUACGCGUAAACUGUAACGGUUGCGGAGAAGGCGUCGCGUGCGGUGUGGGUUUCUACGAGCUAAUGGAAGUGAUAGAGUCAGAGGCAAAGUCCCACGGAGUGGAAUGGGAUCACUUGUGUGUGGAGGCAGACAAUGGAGUGUUGGAUAUCGUCAGACCCUAUCCCCUGGAACAGGAUCUGGCUAUGCUCAACACCAGAAACUUUGCCCUCCCAGAUAUCCUCUACCAGUCUCGCUUUCUCAAGUUCUUCUUUUCUCGCUGCUCUCUUCUCUCGCUUGCAUGCAAAAAUGUGACAAACUACUUUUGCUAUCGUAGCGAUGGUAGCUGCUCAAUUAAAGAGCUUCUAAGUCACUACCCAAAGAUCAUCUACCUCUCAGUUUUGCUCUGGAUGUUCAUUCCUCUCCUGGUUAUCUACCUUCCGAGCUCGAAACCAGUCCACUCUGUGACUCACAUCCCUGACAUGUUCCCCACUCACAAGGUCCCGGUGUAUCUGGGCCGCUACAUCAAGAACUGUCUUUGUUACCAUACCACUGUAGCUCACGAUAACGGACCGAUGCUUAUCCGAUUACGAAGAGCACUAGGUUUUUUCCUACUUUCCGCUCUGUCGUUUCGUUUCCUGUUCUUGCCUGCCUACCAACCAUUUUCGUUCAUAGUGUUUGCACUGUUUUUGACUGCCGUCAGUUGGCCCCAACACCUCAGUGUGUACAUCAGACCUGAAGUUCCAGUCUAUUUCCCUCUCUUCAUGGAACCCUAUCCAGAUGGCAUGGUGAGACUGCGCGGAAGUCGACAGAAUAGCAUCGAGUACCAGCGAUUGGCCUACGUCAUGUUAGAGAGAAUGUACCUCCCUUUCGACCGCAAGUUUUGGGGCCAUGUCUGCAAAAACAGUUUCAAAGGUUUCCACAUGUGCUUCAACCAGCAAGCACCAGUGUUCUUUCCCAUCUGGCUCUGCGGGGUUAUUAUCAAUAUUUUGGUGGGGAUUAUCACCGUAUCUCUGUCUGUUUUGAUAGUGUUGACAUACUUUAUCGUCCCACUCCCAUACUUUGCUAAGGAGCUUUUCCUGGCGGUUAAAUCUGGGGUUUACCAACACUCCCAUCUUGUCUGGACUUCCCAAAACAGCCCGACCAUAUUGAAACUCUUUCAAACUCUUCCUCUGUUUUCUACUGACUGAGGUCACCAUCUUUACCUACCUCGGUGCCAGCAUUGCAGCCGACAUUGUUUUCCACUACAUUGUUCUGUUGGUUGCCUUUGUCUCCACUGUCUAUGCAAUAGUCCACUCCAUUCACAAGCAAUACUCUAGCAUUCUCAAAGACGUCGUCCAAAUCAUGGAAAAUGAUUCCGAGAUUGGGUAUAUCAAAUCCCAGAUCCAAAUACGAAGAAUGAGGAUUUCGCUACACAA